GAAAUCUUCAGAGGAACUGGACAUGGACAAGGUGACUGCAGCAAUGGUACUAACCAGCUUGUCAACUAGCCCUCUGGUCCGAAGCCCUCCUGUGCGACCUAAUGAGGGUCUCAGCGGGUCCUGGAAGGAGGGUGCACCAUCCAGCAGUAGCAGCAGUGGCUACUGGAGCUGGAGUGCUCCCAGCGACCAGUCCAACCCGUCCACACCUUCACCGCCAUUGUCCGCUGACAGCUUCAAGCCCUUCCGGAGCCCUGCAGCACCUGAUGAUGGCAUCGACGAGGCAGAAGCCAGCAACCUGCUCUUCGACGAGCCCAUUCCCAGGAAGAGAAAGAACUCCAUGAAGGUGAUGUUCAAAUGCCUUUGGAAAAACUGUGGCAAGGUGCUGAACACGGCAGCAGGCAUCCAGAAGCACAUCCGGGCCAUCCACCUUGGGCGAGUUGGGGAGUCUGACUACAGUGAUGGAGAAGAGGACUUCUACUACACAGAGAUCAAGCUCAACACAGACUCAGUGGCUGAGGGCCUGAGCAGCAUGGCCCCACUUUCGCCCUCCCAGUCCCUGGCUUCACCACCUACGUUUCCUGUCCCAGACUCCAGCCGAACAGAAACUCCUUGUGCCAAAACAGACACCAAGCUGAUGACACCGCUGAGCCGCUCAGCACCUACCACCCUCUACCUCGUGCACACUGACCAUGCUUACCAGGCCACACCCCCAGUGACUAUUCCGGGAUCUGCUAAGUUCACCCCCAAUGGCAGCAGUUUCAGCAUUUCCUGGCAGUCACCUCCAGUCACUUUCACCGGCAUUCCCGUGUCUCCAACACAUCACCACCCAGUGGGCUCAGGAGAGCAGAGACAGCAUGCCCACACGGUCCUGUCCUCCCCACCCAGAGGGACGGUCAGCCUAAGGAAGCCUAGAGGUGAAGGCAAAAAGUGCCGCAAGGUUUAUGGGAUGGAGAACCGGGACAUGUGGUGCACCGCCUGCCGCUGGAAGAAAGCCUGCCAGCGAUUCAUCGACUGA